AUGACUCUGAACUACAAUCGAUCCAUCACUACCUCAAAACCCUGGACAUUUCUGAAACUAUUAUUCACGUGGAAAGCAAGCAUAUGGAAAGCGGUGUACCUGGAAUUGCUCGCCUUUCUCGUCGUUUACGGUGUUAUUUCCGCUAUCUACCGAGCCGCUCUUAGCUCUUCACAGCAAAAGAGUUUCGAAGCAGUCGUCCGCUUCUUCGACAAUCGAUUGGACUUUAUUCCACUAGAACUAGUUCUGGGAUUUUUCUGUACGCAAGUAUUCAAUCGGUGGACGAAGCAGUAUGACAAUAUAGGAUUCAUUGACAACGUUUGCUUAAUGACUGCCUUAUAUGUUCGAGGAAGGGAUGAACGAGCAAGGAUCUACCGAAGAAACAUUGUCCGUUACUGCGAGCUAGUACAAGUACUCGUAUUCCGUGAUAUCAGCAUGCGAGUACGACGCAGAUUUCCUACGUUGGACACUAUUGUUGCUGCAGGUUUCAUGAUGCCCCACGAAAAAGAAAACUUCGAAUCAUACAGUGAUAAGUCGAACACCCCGAAGUACUGGAUUCCUGCUAAUUGGGCGCUUGCGAUGACGCAACAAGCAUGGAAACAUGGCAACAUUGAGAGCCCUUACUACAAAGUCGUACUUCAGGAGGAAAUCAAAAAAUGGCGCACUAGUAUGGAGUGGGUGUUCAACUACGACUGGGUACCUCUCCCACUCAUGUAUCCCCAAGUCAUUUGCUUAGCUGUACACCUCCACUUUCUUGUAUGUUUGUUGUCACGUCAAACCAUAGUUUCCCAACAUGAACUGAAAGAUGAGAUAGAUACCUAUUUCCCAGUAAUGACUUCCCUACAAUUCGUAUUCUACAUGGGAUGGAUGAAAGUGAUAGAAGCUGUUCUCAAUCCAUUCGGAGAAGAUGAUGACGAUUUUGAGACAAAUGCUCUCAUCGACAGAAACAUAACGAUGGGUAUGAUGAUUGUUGACCAAGGCUACGAUCGACCUCCGGAAGUGCGCCGCGAUCCAUUCUGGGAUGAAAUUCACCCUCUAUAUUCUGAAGAAACAUCACGUAUUCGCAACAAUCCACCGCGAGGAUCUGUCAGUCACAUAAAACUAGCGAGUUAUGUCAAGGAAGUCAAAAUGAUGCCACACUUACGUGCCAGCAGCAGGAGUGCCCCACCACUCUUAUCACCAACGCUGAGAAGCACGAAUGUCACAGUGAAAGAGGAAGAACGUGAUCCCUCACCGCUUCAUCAACGGAGGCAACCUAUAUUUACCAAGAUUCGCUGCUUAACAAAUUCGCUAGUCAAAUUUUUCCAAAUGUGGAAAUCGAGCGACCACAAGAAGACUAACAAAAUUCCUCCAAUGAAUGGCAAUGCUGCUGCUGAAGAUGCGAAAGUGCCGGUUGUAACGAAGAAGUGUUCUCAAAACUGUGAGAUGCCUGUGAGCAUAGCUAUCCCAACGCAAUCACCAAUAUUUCAUGAGAAAUACGUUGAGUAA